CUUUUUUGGCAAGUUUUCUGGCAUUCUUGUGGCAGUUUUAUUGUGCUUAACAAUUCACUAUGCUCACUAUGCUCAGUUUGCUUAGACCUGAGCUGGUUAAAAUCACUCAUUUGUCUCAUCAACAGGCAUGCCAGUGGACUCCAGCAAGGGCUGAAGAAGUUUUUAGAGUCAAGCUGUUCUCUGACACAAGAUCUGGUGAGGCCUGUUAUAAUGUUUGCCAACCAUUACAUACUCAGUUUAUAUGGAAAUUCCUUUGGAAGGAAUACAUUGGGAAUUUCUUGUUUACACAUGAAGCAUGAAAUUAUAGGAAUCUUUGAGUGAAUAUACUAAGUUACUAUGCUAGCACAGCACUAGAAGCUAAAAAUGUUUUGGUCACCAAGAUGGAUGGGAAAAAAAAUGUAUUGCCACUGAAUUUGCAGUAAAAGUCCACCUUUUAGUGACACUUGUAUGGCAGUCAUGUGACCAAAGCUUUUUUGGUUUUACUACAAAUUGUUUAUGGUAUUACGGGAAACUGGGAUAAACAUUUGUAUGCAAUACUAUGAAUGAUCCAGCAGUUUCUUAACCAUAAAGAGCUUUUUCUCCUUGGUUUCUGAAUUAUUAAACCCUGAGAUGUCUUUGGAACCUCAGGAAAGGAUUCUCAGUCAGAUUAAUUUUGUUAUUUCAAAGACAGGCAGUAUGAUCAGCAUUGUAGUAGGUCAUGCAACUUUGGACAAAGCAUUCUUAUCUUAUCUGUUUGGUAGAAUUUUAUUACUGACAAUGAUUUUAGGCAAAAUUUGGACAAACAGCUGCUGUUAUCAUUGAGAAACCUCAAUUCAAGCUCAAGUGGUGAAAGUAUUUUCCAACGUAAACAUCUACAAUUUCUUUUCCUUUUCAUAAGGAAACUUUUACAUGUUGUACGUUCACAGUAUUCAUUCCUCUUUUCAUAAUUCCUUCCUUUUUUUCCAUUCCAGGCUUCUGCUAAAGAAAAAAAAAACACAAGGAGAUGCCAGUCACCAAACAAGAAGCUCAUCUGCAGCCAUCUCUUGGAUGGGUCUUGGUGAAAGAGAUCAAGUUUUUCCUUGGUUUACAUUGUUCACAUUGUUAACAUUGAAACCAGAGGGUUUAAACAUCUGCCAGAUUUCACUUGUAUACUGUUGCAGUCAAGUGUCUUCUUGCAGAACUUAA